AUGGCAGUGUUUACUUCAACAUCCAAGGCAUGCUCAAAGUUGCUCAUACUUGUUUUGUGCAACAUUUUAACUAUUAACAUCAACUGCAUCGCCAAGGCAGAUGACAACAAGGGCCAUGACACCAACUGGUUUUGGUUCCACCACCCUUGGAUGGGUUACGGCCAUAUUCCUUUGCUGCCACCGUAUGUCCCCAUUGGUCUACCACCACCAGUCCCUAUGGCUCAAGCGCCGCCAGUACCUGUGGCUCAACCAUCGCCCAUCCCUGUGACUCAAGCACCUCCGGUAUAUUUGCCACCACCAAGUCCUCCUCCAUUCUCCCCGCCGUCAGCUCCACCUCAGUUACCUCCGCCUAGUCCAAGUAAGCCAGUUACACCACUACCAUCCCCUUACCAAGGCAAGCCUCCAGCAGAGAAACCCCCUAGUAUGUCUCCACCACCAUCACCUCUUCCUCACCAACUACCAUUUCCACCACUGCACAAACAUCCUAUAUUCUCAAUACCUCCACCUAGUCCAACUAAGCCAGUUACACCGCUACCAUCGCCUUACCAAGGCAAGCCUCCAGCAGAGAAACCCCCUAGUGUGUCUCCACCACCGUCACCUCUUGCUCACCAACUACCAUUUCCACCACUGCACAAACAUCCUAUAUUCUCAAUACCUCCGCCUAGUCCAACUAAGCCAGUUACACCACUACCAUCGCCUUACCAAGGCAAGCCUCCAGCAGAGAAACCCCCUAGUGUGUCUCCACCACCAUCACCUCUUGCUCACCAACUACCAUUUCCACCACUGCACCAACAUCCUAUAUUCUCAAAACCUCCAAGUCCACCAACUGCUGUUCCAGCCCAACAGCCUCCAUUGCCUCCAGCAAGCCCUCCUCCCACAUAUGCAUUUCCUCCACCACAUUCUGCAUGA